AAACGCAAUUGCCACGGUAGAAUCACCCCCGGUCUUUUUCCUAUUUAAUUGCCAACCGUCCACUCCCUCUCCCACCCACAUAUCUGACACUCUCACGUUACGCUUCACAUCAACCGAUUUCCGGAGAAAGCGAAGCUGGUCAAGCGAUGGGUUUGAAGGAGGACUUCAAGGAAUAUGCUGAGAAAGCCAAGACCUUGCCAGAGAACACAACCAAUGAGAGCAAGCUCAUCCUCUAUGGGCUUUACAAGCAAGCCACGGUUGGACCAGUGAACACCAGUCGCCCUGGAAUGUUCAACAUGAGGGAUCGGGCGAAGUGGGAUGCAUGGAAGGCUGUUAAAGGGAAAUCAUCGGAGCAAGCAAUGAAUGAUUACAUCACAAAGGUGAAGCAGCUGUUGGAAGAAGCUACUGCCUCUGCUUAAUGUCUGUGACUCUAUCUUCCCUUUAGGGGCUUCUUUGUUACUGUGUUUGAAACCCGUACCCUACAAUAAUCAAGAACACUAUGUGAUCUCUCUCUUUGGUACCUU